AUGGCAGACUACACCGUUCCCCUCUGGCUCGACGGCAAAGAAGUCGUUACCGAUACCACCUUCGAUGUCAACUCGCCCGUCACCGAAAAGAAGCUCUACAGCUGUUCCUCCGCCUCGGUCGAAGAUGCCCAGAAAGCCGUCGACUCGUGCCAACGUGCCUGGAAAUCAUGGAAGAAGAUGAAGAGCACCGAGAUCCGCAAGAUUCUCUUGAAGGCCGCAGAUGUCAUGGAAAGCCGCUUGGACGAGCUGGCUAGCUACCAAAUGGAAGAGACGGGUGCUCCUGACUUCAUUGUCAAGAGCUUCAACUUGCCCACAACUGUCGAGAUGUUCAGAGAUGUCGCUGGUCGCAUUGGUGGUAUUGUCGGCAUGAUCCCUCAGACACAAGACGGUGGAGCUCUGGUCUUCAAGGAGUCUUACGGUGUCAUUCUGGGCAUUGCUCCUUGGAACGCUCCCUACAUCCUGGGUCUGAGAGCCGUCAUCUACGCCCUGGCCACUGGCAAUACUGCCAUUCUCAAGGGAAGUGAACUUUCUCCUCGCUCCUUCUGGGCCAUCGGAAGUGUCUUCCACGAGGCUGGUCUGCCCGCUGGUUGUCUCAACGUUCUUUACCACCGGCCCCAAGAUGCUGCCGCUGUGACCAACAGACUGAUCGAGGCACCCGAGGUCAAGAAGAUCAACUUCACCGGCAGCACCGCUGUCGGCGCCAUCAUCGCCGCUAAAGCUGGUCAGAACCUCAAGCCCUGCUUGAUGGAACUGGGUGGCAAGGCGUCAGCUCUUGUUCUCGACGAUGCAGAUAUUCAGAACGCCGCCUUCCAAUGCGCCCUGGGAGCUUUCGUUCAUGCUGGUCAAAUCUGCAUGUCUACCGAGCGCAUCGUUGUCCACAAAUCCAUCAUUGAGCCCUUCUCGGAAGCCCUCAAGGCCGCCAUCGCAAUGAUCUACCCUACCUCUGGUGAAGCUCCUAUCCUGGUUGCAAGGCCAGCAGUCGAAAAGAACCAAAAGCUUAUCAAGGACGCUGUCGAGAAGGGUGCCAAGCUUCUCUACGGCGACCUCAACUCANAAGAGACAAACUCACACCGUCUUCGCCCCUUCGUCGUGCAAGACGUGACCAAGGAGAUGGACCUUUACUAUACCGAGUCUUUCGGCCCCUCAGUAUCUCUUCUCACCGUCGAAUCGGACGAGGAGGCAGUAGACUAUGCCAACGACACUGAGUACGGUCUCUCCGGUGCUAUCUUCACCAAGGACCUGCAAAGAGGUAUCAGACUCGCCAGACAGAUUGAUAGCGGUGCUAUCCACAUCAACCAAAUGUCUGUACACGAUGAGGCAGGUCUACCUCACGGUGGUGUCAAGAAGUCUGGUUGGGGUCGUUUCAACCACGAGUAUGGGCUCAACGAGUUCUUGAAGCUCAAGACUGUUACUUUUGCUGGUGACUGGUGA